CUGUAGCAUUUCAGUGCAGGAAGCUGUGUCUGUCUACGUGCCUUUCACCUCGUCCUACCUCACGUCAUUCAGCCUACAUCAGCCCGGCUCACAGGAUGCUGCGCUAAGAGACAUCAAGGACUUCUCAGCAACAACAGGUAUUUGAGAAAUUUCAAAAAUGGUGGGAUUUUUCCAAAUGUUGAGCAAGAAAAAGGAGUUGAUCCCUCUGAUAGGGUUCAUGGCUUUUGCUGCAACAGGAGCCACCUCUGCUGCUAUCUACUUUCUAUUAACCAAACCUGAUGUUAUCUUGAAUAAGACCACAAACCCAGAACCAUGGGAGAGACUUAACCCAUCUAAACCCCUGCAGCUCAUCACCAUCAAUCAGCAAUGGAAACCAGUGGAGGAGCUGGAGUAUGUAAAGAGCCUCACCAAGUAAAAGAAGGCGGGCAUCUGCUAGAAAGAUCCACAGUCUGGCCGCCUGCCUGCCCCCCAUCAGUCUAACAGAAUCCUUUCUGCACAAACUAGGAUGCUUUGACACUCAGUGUGCGGAAAUGCUUCUGCUCCACUGUUGGGGUUUCACAUGGCUCUGUAGUGGCCCAGCCUGAGGACAUCCAUCCACAACAGUAGGAAACUAUAGUAACUGUUACUCAUACUGCCAUAAACAGAAAAAAUACUAUCUUAUUCCAGGUUUCUGUCAUUACAGCUAGAGAGCUACAUUUACAUUGAAUAAGCUGUGGUGUUUAAUUGCUCUUACAGCAGAUGUGAAUGCACGAUAGUUUCUAAAUGUGAAAGAAACAAAAUGUAAAAAAGAAAUCGUAAUAUAAUAAUGUCCUAAUAAGUAAUGUAUGUGUCAAUAAAUUAUUGUGAACAUCA